AUGGGUUUCGGUGAUCUUCAAGCUCGUGAUGGACUUCUUUUACUCAAUAAUUUCCUUGCUGACAAAUCAUACGUCGAAGGAUAUCGUCCAACACAAGGUGAUGUUGUUGUAUUUGAAGCUGUAAAGAAAGCUCCAGCAACUGAUCUUGAAAAUGCUCUCCGUUGGUAUAAUCAUGUUGCUUCAUUCAGUGAUGCAGAAAAACAAAAAUUCGAAGGUCAACGUCAAUCAAUUGAACAUUAUGGACGACAACAUGGUCAAGAUAGUCAAGAAAAACAUGAAUUUAAAUCACUUUCAGUUAAUCCAGCUGAUAAAAAAGCCGCCAAACCAGCUGAUGAUGAUGAUGUUGAUCUCUUCGGUGAUGAUGACAAUGAAGAAGAAAGUGAACAAACAAAAGAACGUUUAGCUGCUUAUGCUGCCAAAAAAUCCAAAAAACCAGCUCUUGUUGCUAAAAGUACAAUUACUCUUGAUGUUAAACCAUGGGAUGAUGAAACAGAUAUGGCAGAACUUGAAAAAAAAGUUCGUUCAAUUGAAGUUGAUGGACUUCUUUGGGGUUCUUCCCGUUUGGUUCCAGUUGGUUAUGGAAUCAAGAAAUUACAAAUCAUCUGUGUUGUUGAAGAUGAUAAAGUUGGUACUGAUCUUCUUGAAGAACGUAUAACAGAAUUUGAAGAUUAUGUUCAAUCAAUUGAUGUCGCUUCAUUUCAAAAAAUUUAA